AAGAGAGACACAGAGAGAUUGAAUGAAGGGGGAGGAGGAGACGAUGUGGUGGAAAAAGGGGGUUUUGGUUUGGGUUGGGGUCUGGCUCGCGUCUCGGGAACAGUUACAGCGACCUUCAUUGAUGAUGUGAACAUGCUGAUGAGUGCGUAUUAGAAGAAAGGCCGCGAGAGAAGCGAGUGCGCGAGCGAGCGAGGGACGAGGAGGAGGAGGAGGAGGAGGACGAGGCAAGCGCUCUUGUGCUCUGGUCUGGUCUCACUGCGAUCGACUGGCUGGCUGCCUGGCGGUCGCGCGGUUGUUGGUCAGUCAAAGCAAAACCCCGAGGCAACGCACGGCACGCCAAGAGCCGAGACGAGCCGAGACGAGGACCAGGGUCGACUUCAGAGACAGCGAGAGAUCGAGGACGGAAGAGGGAGAAGCCGCAGCGACGCUUGUGUAGGCUGCGGAACUCAUGAUCCAGCUGCAGCAGCAGCAGCAGUAGAGUCUUCGGAGGACGGUGCAGCAGCAGCAGCAGCAGCUGGCUGAUUUGAUCGCUUGAUCUCGGAAGGGAAGGGAGGGGAGGGGAGGGGUGGGUGAGACGAGUCGAGCAGGAGCAGGAGGAACCAGACCGGAGGAGUGGCUCGGUGGAAGAGGACUUUUUCCGUUGAAGAGCCAGCUGUCGGAGGAGGAGCUCUGACGAUAUAUAGCCCAUCUGGAUUGAAUUACUUGGGGGCUGAAGGAUUCGGAACGCACGAAGACACCAACUAACAACUUUAUGCGCGGACAGAAUUCAGUGGAAUCAUGCUAUGAAGAUGGUGAAGAAUGGAGGAGAUGCUUAUCAUCGACUCUCCUGCAAAUGCGCUCAUGCGUCGACGUUUUCAGCUCCUCUGACAUACCUGUGCUUCCUUCGGGGCGCCUGGAGCAUGACAUAGAUGUAGAUUUACCCGAACAAUGUCCUAAUUGGACGCCAGUCGCUGCAGAGGGGUCGCCUUAAAUCUGGAUCCUCGGAGGAUUGGAUUCCCUUUCAGCUGGACCAAAUGGAGUAGUGUGGCUAGUUUGGCAACAGGUGCUGAAGUUUUAUCUUGAGCGCUGCAGGUAUAGCUUGGCUAGUUGCGAAGGACAGGAUUGGGGGCAGAUGGGAACCGCCUGUUUAGUGAGUUGGUGGAUUGAAUGACCAUAGUGAUGCGGUUCAGGGAUAUUUUCAGGGGUUUGGAUGAAGUAUUCCUGAGGUGCAGAAGUCGCAAUCUCGAACUUUAAGGUGAGAUUGUGUGAUCACAUUCAGUGUGAUUUUGACCAGUCUGGAUGGAUCUUUGACCUCGCGUUCUCGUACCUUCUUAUGAUUAUGGUGAGGACUUUUCUCUGCCUACUGCGGGUUGAGUAAAGAAGGUCUUCAAGUCCCAGAUGCUGACAGCUCGGCUGGGAGUUCAGGAGGUGUUACCAGUAUUCUAGCAAUUUCACACACUGCCAAAUAGAGGCUGUAGUUGUCGAACAUCGAUUUUUGUGUCCUGCUACGACCCUUCACAUUUUCCUGCCUACUCAGCGGAUCGGGAAGAGCUGAAGGUGAACAUCGGGAAAGGUGGAGCGAUAAUCUGUUAAGCUCAGCUAUGGAUCCUGUUACAAUGCUGGCCAAUAUAGCACAGCUGAUACAAAUGGUCGUUAUGUUGGGAGAUAAGGCAAAGAGUCAAAAGAUCAAUUGCCAAAAUCUGGCCUCCAGAAUCAAGCUCCUGAAACCACUGCUCGAUGAAGUUCGUGACACGAAGAUUCCCCUGAACAAUCCCGCCAUUGUUUCACUGGAAGCUUUGGAGGGUGCUAUUUUGAAGGCAAAAGCGUUAUUUGAGAAAUGUGGAGGAAAGAGUAGCAAACUUUACAUGGUGCUGCGAUGUCAAGUUUUCGUCAACAAGUUUCAAGAUGUCACGGCAGAGAUCGAUCGAUCUCUGACAUCAAUGCCACUUAUGACUCUGAGGAUUUCUGAUCAGAUUCGCGCCCAGGUCGAACGUCUGACGCACGAGCUGAGGCGAACAAGAUAUCUGGUGGAUGCAUCUGAUGAGCGAAUUUCGCAGCAGAUAGAAACCCUUCUGAGGGAUCAAAGGGAAGGGAAAAAAGCGAGCUUCGAGAUGCUGUGCAAGCUCGCUGAUUGGUUGGAGAUUGGAUCAAAGGAGUUCAUGGUGAAAGAAAUUUGCGCGUUGGAGCUGGAGAAAGAAGAGGCCAAAGUAGAAGGAGACAAGCUGGAGGAGGAAUACAUCAACCAAAUGAAGUCCUUGCUAGAACUAAUGGUAGAAGAAAUCGGCGAACACAAGGCUGGGGGCCUGCAGAUUCCUCCUGAUUUUCGGUGUCCACUCUCUUUGGAACUGAUGUCCGAUCCGGUCAUAGUUGCUUCAGGGCAAACCUAUGAACGCUUGUAUAUACAACAAUGGCUAGACCAAGGAAACACGACCUGUCCUAAGACCCGUCAAACUCUCUCCCAUACUAAUCUUAUUCCAAAUUACACUGUAAAGGCUCUAAUCGCCAACUGGUGCGAGGCGAAUAAUGUGCCUCUUCCAGAGCCUGCAAAGAUCGAUAUGCUGAAUACAUUCCUAAGGCCUCUUGUGCCUCUGAUAAGUCCCAAGCAUGAACCUGAGGAGCACAGAAACACAGAAUCGCCUCCCAGGCCCAUUCUGCAGCAGCCCGUUAUUCUGCAACAGGUCCCAGAGCGAGGAAUGUCUGGAAUCGGCAGUCGUCCACCUGUGAAGUCGAAACGCACGUUCCACCCUCCCAGAUUAGCCGAUGAACGUGAUGGGGAGCGGAGCAACGGGUUCCAGAACGGCGGGUCUGGGGAGGACCAUGGAGAAGCGUCUCAAGCUGCUACUCGAAACACUUCCACCAACUCUGAUGGAGAAAUUACUCAACGUCGCAUUUCCUUGUUGAAAGAUAAGUAUGAUGCCGAUUCCGGCAAUGAAUCAUCCUCCCCACUGCAUCACCACCGUUCCGGUUCAGGUUCAAGUGUUGCCUCUAGUGUUGAAGAUGGACAGGGAUCGACCGUCACUCAAGAGAAUGCUGCCAAAGAGGACAAUUGUCAAGCAGUUCCUGAGUCGUCUCCAUAUCCGAGUGAUGUCUCAGGCGAGUUGGACAGGCCUGUGGCUCCGACACCAGCGGAAGACAGCGGCUCUCCUUCACGCCCUCCAGACUCUGCUCGGAUGGGUGGUGCACCAUGGAGAAGACGCGGCGAUGAACGAGAUCAGGGUAUGCCUAGAAUUGUGCCCACUCCUUUACAAGAUACCCUAGGAUCGGAUGCCAAUGCUCAUCUGGUGGUCGAUGGCCUAGUACUGGAUCUGCAUUCAGAGGAUGUAGACGUACAUAGGCAUGCUGCCGCUGAAUUGAGACUUCUCGCAAAAUUCAACAUGGAGAACCGAAUUAUUAUAGCAAACGCAGGUGCCAUUAAACCUUUAGUUACGUUGUUGAAGUCGUCAGAUGCAAAGACGCAGGAGAAUGCUGUGACUGCUCUGCUCAACUUGUCAAUCAAUGACAACAACAAAUCUGAAAUCGCUUCUGCUGGAGCUAUCGACCCUUUGGUGAAUGUGCUCAAGGUGGGCAAUGCACAGGCCAUGGAAAAUGCGGCGGCUACUCUUUUUAGCUUGUCGGUGAUGGACGAUAACAAAGUGACGAUUGGCGCCUCGGGUGCUAUUCCGCCAUUAGUACAUCUGCUCAUAAACGGGACACCCCGAGGGAAGAAAGAUGCAGCAACUGCGCUGUUUAACCUGUCCAUUUUUCGUGAAAACAAAGCUCGUAUUGUCCACGCUGGAGCUAUCAAACCUCUCGUGGAGCUUAUGGCAGACCCUGCAGCUGGAAUGGUGGACAAAGCCGUGGCAGUCCUGGCCAACCUUGCGACCAUAUCUGAAGGCAGAGUUGCAAUCGGAGACGAAGGUGGCAUUCCCGCUUUGGUUGAGGUUGUCGAGGCUGGUUCCCAAAGAGGAAAAGAAAAUGCUGCAGCAGCUUUGUUGCAGCUGUGUAUGAAUAGCAACAAACAUCGAGCUCUUGUUUUGCAAGAAGGAGCCAUUCCUCCUCUCGUUGCCCUCUCCCAGUCUGGAACAGCACGUGCCAAAGAGAAGGCAUCUGCUUUACUCCGCCACUUCAGAGAGCAACGGCACCAGGGCUCAGGGCCACGGGCUGGUUCUGAUAGACAUCUAUGAUGUGACGGGUACUAAAUUACGGAUCCGUUGAAAUUUUCUAACUGGAGUACUUAACGACGACCUGAUUUGGAGAUCCUCUGGAUGUGUAGUCGAAGGUCGUCAUUUACUUACUCACCACAGGCUUGCCAGCAACGGACAGAAGAAGACGCUGUGCAUGCAGUGCAAAACUGCGGUCUCUAACGACAAGCCGACUGAAAGGUUCUAAGUACAACUGGACCCAGGAUGGAUGUGUUCACCUUGUGGGUUGUUUUGAUACGGGUCAUUACGUUGGACUAGUAAGGAAAUUCUGCGCUGUACUAUGUUCUCCCUGGGAGGCCCCAAUAGACCUUGGGGCCUAAUUGAUUGUAAAUUUCCAUGUUCUUACACGAGUCCUAGCGGUUGAUGUGAACGGGUGUGCCAUUUUCCACGUAUCCAACGAUAUGGUUGCUUUUUGGGCUCUCUAUUUUUGCCCUCUCGUUCUUGUCAUUCUUGUAUGCUAGUCCUAGGAAUCUCCUUGAGUCUUGUUGAGAAAUCAUUGUCUAGGAAGCCAAAGGAGUUGAAGUAAUCUAUGAUCGUGUCGAUUUCGCCUAAUCGAUCAUGUCGGUCAUUUUGUACCAUGAAGAGAUUGUUAAAUUUUUGUAAGGAAGUUACUUAUAUCAGUAUAUCACAGACAACUGGUGUCCUGAUACGUAGUCACUUGCGAAUCUGAGCGCCAUUAACGCUGUAGCGCUCGACUUUGGAUGGCUCUUUCUUAAGAAGAAGGCUUGUCCAAACUUGUGCACAUGUUGUAUCUGUUUGCCUCGGAUGAAGAUCCCUCUAAUGGAAGCAUACCUUUGUCUGAAAGUACACUCGUCUCGCAGAAUUUUUUCAUUUGCAUUUGUAUCCUAUAAGAUGCUUGAGCUCAUUGAUUUGACCAACCAGGUCGUUUACCACUAGAAAGACAGAAUGCUUCUUGAUAUAUCAUUAGGGUUUGAAGUCCCAGAACUUGGGUCUGUCGAUUAGCCGGCCCCUCCUAGCUUGUCAACCUUAAUUUAAAGGUUUCUGGAAAUAUUUGUGUUCCGCGAGUGUUUCCAACAUUAACAACUCUGGGGUGCUCAGAGAGGGCGGGAAGGUAUGUCUCUGCAUCUUGUG